CCUUCCCCCAUUCACUCUGAGGCACCCCAGAGUAAAGACAGAAAAAAGACCAGAUGCGUGCAACCAGAAGAGCGGAUGCAUUUGUUCGAAACUGACUCAAGGAGUAAAUUAUAAUGAAUACAAACCAAGGCAAAAGGACUGAAAAGAACAACCUGAGUGCAUUCGGAUAGGUUGAGGUGGAUGAGAUUCGGAGCGCCUUUGCCUGUGCUCAGGUACAGGAAUCCUUCGUCUGUGAAUCUGCGACAAUACGCCAGACUCAGUGUAAACAGAAGCUUUGUGACAUCAAAAUCAACACAGCUGCCUCUUAGACAGCAGAGUGAGGACUUUCAUCACAGAUUCCUGCUUUAAUCUGAGCUCCUGUUUGUGAAAACAGUGUUCAGGAUGCGUCUGAUCUCCCCUCUCCUUUUAACCUUUGUUGCUCUCUUGUUGCUUCCAUCCGUUGAGUUGAAAAAACCAGGAAGAGGCAGAGGCAUUAAACAUGCGAGACAGAAACUUACACGGGACAGGUUAGGAAGGAAGGCUCUGAGGCGUCAGAGCAGAUCAGGUCCUUCUGGAGAUGCAACACCAAGCUGUUCAGAGAUAAUGCUGUCCAGAGAAGCAUAUGUGGAUUGUCAGGACCAACGUCUCACUUCUGUCCCUAGCUCAAGUACCUGGUCCAGAGUACCAAAGCACCUCCUUCUGGCCCGGAACAAAAUUAAAUCUCUCCAUGAGGGAUCCUUUCUUGGAUAUGAAAGUUUAAGCAGUCUGGAUCUUCAACAGAAUCAGAUCUCUCAGGUGGAGGAAGGGGCUUUUCAGGGCCUCAUACAUCUGGAGACCCUUUUGCUGCAACACAAUCAACUAAGAACGCUCAGUGAAGAGGCCCUCAUCCCAAUGCCAAACCUUCGCUAUCUGCGUUUGUACGACAAUCCUUGGAAAUGUCUCUGUCCGAUGGAAAGUCUCAUACGUACUAUUCAGGUCCCAAGCAACCGAAAUCUGGGAAACCAUGCCAAGUGUGCAGAGCCCGCCAGUCUUCAGAACAGGAAGCUGAAGCAGAUUGAUCCUGAGUUACUCUGUGAGGAAUUAGAUCCAACAGACCCAACAGGGGACCCAAACGUCAACGUAACGUACCCUAUAGAGCCCAGUCAUAUCCGUGGCAAAUCAGACGCUACCUUGCUCUGCCACACCUACAUUUUCCCCCUCAGAUGGAUGGAUUGCAGAAACCGAGGUCUAACUGAGGUGCCCUCAGGUAUUCCAGAGGAUGUUGUCAAGGUAGAUCUGUCCUAUAAUUCAAUCAAGCACCUUAAACCCAGAGAUUUCCACGCAGCAAGGAGUCUCAGAAUCCUUAACCUAAGCAACAACAACAUGGAGCGAAUUGACACAGGGUCCCUGUCUGGGCUUUUACACCUUCAUGAUCUGGACCUGUCAUUCAACGGGCUGCGUUUUGUUCAGUAUGGGGUUCUUGAAGAUUUGUACUUUUUGUCCAAGCUAAAACUAGAAGGAAAUCCUUGGAUGUGUGACUACAACAUCCACUACAUGGUUUACUGGCUACAUCUACAUCCAGGAGUGAGACACUCUGGCCUGCUGUGCCAAGCCCCUCUAGAAUAUGUUGGUGUGAGAGUGAAGGACUACAUGCAUGCCUAUAACAGAGAGUGUCCUAAGGACAAACAGCACAACAGACCAGAUCCAAACCAAAAUAAUGACGAGCUUUGGGACACACCAAUGGAACUACAAGGAGAGAUAGAGGAAGAGAUGGAGCCGAGCCACCUGAGAGCACCACAGAAAUACCAAGUCUUUAAACUGGCCUGACUGACGUGAUUUUGUUUUUUUUCAUAAAGAUUCUUUUUACGACUUUUUUUAGUACAUUUAAUCCAUCUUCUACAGAUUGCAGAGUGUCUUUUUAAAUUUUCCUUUUACAUUUUGUCUGCAUCGUCUGCCAUUUAUGAUAUAGGCAGCACUAGUGUGACUUGUUUGAACAGCUUGGCUUAAACUUCAUUGCCUGUGAGGAUAACAUGAGUAAAAAUAAUAUAACUAAGCCAUAAAUAUGGAUAUAUACCAAAAAAAGAACUCACUGAUAUAUUUUAAGCUGGACCAAUUUAACGAUGUGCAGCCGCGCAGGUUCAGGUGGGUCACAAAAGGCCGGUAGCCCAGCAGAAUUUUCUGCACUUCACUGUCUGUUAUCCAGUAUUUUUCCACAGACAAAUUGAUCUAGCAGAGACAAAAGCAUUUGGGUUAUAAACAUUUUUUAAUCUUGUAAAGCACUUUUAAUUGUCUUGUUGCUUAAAUGUUCAGUAAAAUAAACUGUUCUUGCCUUUAACUGGGGAUUUUUAAUGCAGAGAUUUUUUUUGACACUUUUUUCAACCCAUUACUUAGCAGCUCUGACUGCAUCUUUAAGGUCAUGUACUGGAAGAGAGAUGUCUUGCACAGUAUUUUCCAGCAUUUUAAAAUGUUUUAUUCCAGGAUUGCAUAAUACUUAGCACCAUCUAUGUUGAUAAGCGACUGGCUUCCCUGCUACUGCUAAAGAAAAGCUUCCCCAAUGUAUUAUUCUGUCCCCAGCCAGUUUCCAAUAUAGCUAUUUUGUGUUCAAGAUGAUAUGCUGUGAUAGUUUUGCAUGCAAGUUAAAUUCUACUCUCAUCUGACCUCUACGUAUUCUAUUGCAUGUUUGUGGUAUGGAUGUUGGUGAUUUAACUGAGGACUUCUUGUGGCUUUGCUUUGGCCAGAUUCUUGUGGUGCUUUACUAAUGAUGCAGUUUUUGUGUGGACAGAUUCUGCCAGCUGUGCUUUGGAUCUCUACAUCUUCUCCAGAGAUGCAUUGGCAUCUCGGAGCUCAACUGAUUGAUAUUAUCCUUACCUGCCCUGUUUAGGGCCACAAGCAUUUCUUGAUAGAUUUACCAUGCUCUUUCCAUUUGCGGAUGAUGGAUUAAACACGGCUCUGUGAAAUGUUUUACAUCUUGUAUAUAAUAAAUCCUAGCCCUGCUUUAAACUUCUCCAAA